UACAGCAGCAGCAGCAGCAGCAGCAGACAAGUACAGCCACUUCUGCUGGUUGUGCAACAGUAUUGCGACGCUCGCUUCGACGGGCUUUGCGUGAAUACCGCCUGCCUUUAUAUUCGAGAAUCCUGCUUCGCCUUCAAUUGCCUUGCUGCAGCUGCUGCUCCCCAGUGUCGGAGUGUGUUAGCGGCCCAAUGAAAGGAGAGGUCGGGAAUUCUGGGAAUGUUGACUCGGGGCUGGAAGCCAGGAGAGGAGCUGUGAUGGAGAAGCACUGACAUUACAACUGGGUCAGUGGUCGUUCCGUGGGAAAAAGAGGACAGAUGCAUUGCUUUGACUGGACAGCUUAGAAGGAGGAAAUGAUCUUAGACAGGCCUUCCAAAUUUGCCAGCCCCAAGCAUGCAGUAACAAGCUUGUACAGGUACUGAAGGGGUGGACACAUUGACUGAUUGCUCAAAUCAUUCAGAGUAUUGUUGCAGUAAGUAAGAACAGAACUCCCACAGGAGAUUCCAUAACAGCAACCAUGUAUGGAAGCGCAAGAACGGUCGGGCAUUUGGAAGGCAGCCCCUCCAGGUCUCCCCGUUUGCCAAGGUCCCCCCGGCUGGGACACAGGCGAACAAACAGCGGAGGGGGCGGAGGGGCAGGAGGGGCUGGCAAGACCUUGUCAAUGGAGAACAUCCAGUCUCUGAACGCAGCUUACGCCACCUCGGGGCCAAUGUACCUGAGCGACCACGAAGGGGUGGCGACCACCACAUUCCCAAAGGGCACCAUGACCCUCGGAAGGGCUACGAGCCGGGCGACGUACGGGGGCCGCGUCACUGCCAUGGGGAGCAGCCCGAACAUCGCUUCGGCUGGGCUUCCUCAUGCAGAUAUCCUCUCCUACGGCGAUCACGGCACACUGACCUCGGCUGGCCUUCACCACCAGGUUCCCUCUUCACUCAGGCAGGUCAGGGACAACACCAUGCUGGACAUGCACUCCCAGCUCAAGGACUUGCACAGGGAGAACGAGCUGCUCCGCAAGGAGCUGGAUCUCAAGGACGGCAAGCUGGGCUCCUCCAUGAACAGCAUCAAGACCUUCUGGAGCCCCGAGCUGAAGAAGGAGAGGGUCUUGAGGAAAGAGGAAGCAGCCAGGAUGUCCGUUCUGAAAGAGCAGAUGAGGGUUUCUCAUGAGGAGAAUCAGCCAUUGGAUCCGAGAAGAACUAAGCAUCUCCACGUGACAAUCCAAGCUCUGCAAGAUGAACUGAGAACCCAAAGGGACCUGAACCACCUUCUGCAGCAGGAGAGUGGCAGCAGGAUCGCGGAUCAUUUCACCAUCGAGUUGACAGAGGAGAACUUCCGGCGGCUGCAGGCGGAACACGACCGACAGGCCAAGGAGCUCUUCCUCUUACGAAAGACCCUGGAGGAGAUGGAGCUCCGCAUCGAAACGCAGAAGCAAACGCUCAACGCCAGGGACGAGUCGAUCAAGAAGCUGCUGGAAAUGUUGCAGAGCAAAGGCUUGCCUUCCAGGUCCAUGGAGGACGACAACGAAAGAAUCCGUAGGGUGGGCGAGGCCGAAUCGCAGGUCAAUCACCUGGAGGUGAUCUUGGACCAGAAAGAGAAGGAGAACAUCCACCUCCGAGAGGAGCUGCACAGGAGAACCACAGUUCAGCAAGAACCUGCCAAGAUGAAAGCUCUUCAGACUGUCAUUGAAAUGAAGGAUACCAAAAUCGCAUCACUUGAGAGGAAUUUAAGGGAUCUUGAAGACGAAAUCCAGAUGUUGAAGACUAACGGUUUGCUGAACACAGAAGACCGAGAAGAAGAAAUGAAGCAGAUGGAGGUGUACAAGAACCAUUCGAAGUUUAUGAAAAACAAGAUUGACCAGUUAAAACAAGAGCUGUCAAAAAAGGAAUCUGAACUCCUUGCCUUACAAACCAAGCUUGAGACACUGACCAAUCAAAACUCGGAUUGCAAGCAACACAUCGAGGUGCUCAAGGAGUCUCUCACUGCCAAGGAGCAGAGAUCUGCCAUACUCCAGACUGAGGUCGAUGCUUUACGAAUGCGGUUAGAAGAAAAGGAAUCGUUUCUCAACAAAAAGACAAAACAACUGCAGGACCUCACUGAAGAAAAAUGCACUCUGGCCGGGGAGAUCAGAGAUAUGAAGGACAUGCUGGAAGUGAAGGAGAGAAAGAUUAACGUCCUUCAGAAAAAGAUUGAAAAUCUUCAAGAACAGCUCCGGGACAAAGAUAAGCAGCUCACAAACCUGAAGGACAGAGUGAAGUCUCUGCAGACCGACUCCAGCAACACAGACACCGCCUUAGCAACGCUGGAGGAGGCCCUCUCUGAAAAGGAAAGAAUUAUCGAGCGCCUGAAGGAACAGAGAGAACGAGAUGAUCGGGAAAGGCUGGAAGAGACGGAGUCCUAUAAAAAAGAAAACAAGGACUUGAAGGAGAAGGUUAAUGCAUUGCAGGCUGAACUGACGGAGAAAGAGGCUGGUUUAAUCGACUUGAAAGAACACGCAUCAUCUUUAGCUUCUUCGGGCCUGAAAAAGGACUCCAAAUUGAAAUCCCUGGAGAUUGCCAUAGAGCAAAAGAAGGAAGAGUGUAGUAAGUUGGAAACACAAUUAAAAAAGCAAGCAGAGCAGUUGUUCAAUCAGAUGUACAAGCCAAUGCCAAUUAGGAAUGACGGAAAAUCUGCGGCCCAUGAAGCAGAGGAGGUAGCAAGGAUAAACCCUGAGUUUGCAGAGAAAGUGAAGCACUUGGAGAAAGAGAUGGCAUAUUACAAAGAAGAGUCGGGCAAGUCUCAGGCAGAGGUGGAGCGACUCCUGGAGAUCCUCAAGGAAGUGGAAAGUGAGAAGAGUGACAAGGAUAAGAAAAUCGCAGAGCUGGAGAGACAAGUGAAGGAUCAGAACAAGAAGGUGGCCAAUCUGAAGCACAGCCAGCAGGUGGAGAAGAAGAAGAACGCCCAGUUACUGGACGACGCCCGCAAGCGAGAGGACAGCCUGACCGACAACUCACAGCAGCUGCAGGACUCGAUGCGUGAGAGAUCAGACCGGGUGGAGGAGCUGGAGAAGGCCCUGCGUGAGAGCGUGCACAUCACUGCGGAGAGAGAGCUGGUCCUUGCCCAGGAAGAGGCUGCUCGCUCUGCUGCUGAGAAACAGCUGGAGGAGCUGAUGAUGACGCUAGAAAAGACCAGACAGGAGUUGGACUCAACCAAAAUGCGACUGUCCUCAACACAGCAGUCCCUCUCGGAAAAGGAUGGGCACCUCACCAACCUGAGGCUUGAGCGAAGAAAACAGCUUGAAGAAAUCCUGGAGAUGAAGCAAGAAGCACUGCUAGCUGCCAUCAGUGAAAAAGAUGCAAACAUUGCCUUACUGGAGCUGUCUUCAUCCAAGAAGAAGAAGACUCAGGAAGAGGUGAUGGCGCUGAAGCGGGAGAAGGACAGGCUGGUUCACCAGUUGAAACAGCAGACACAAAACCGGAUGAAGCUGAUGGCUGAUAGCUAUGAUGAUGACCAUCACCAUCACCACCCACCACAGCAGCACCCACAGCACCAUACGCAGCAACAUCAGCACCCACAACAGCACCAUCCUCACCCACACCCACACCCACAGCACCACCCUCAACACCGCUCUCCAGCCAGACCCCUGCACGCCAACCACAGGCCCUCUCCUGAUCAGAUGAUCCAGUCACUGUUGGAAAAACACAGCCAUGGCAUGAAGCUGAAACUCUACAUUGAUCACCUGACCACACUUUGCCUAGAAAGGGACCCCCAGUUCCUGGAAGGGCUUCCACCUUUACCAGCUGCUGAGAAAGAGGAUGCUGAGCGUCUGUGGGAGGAGAGGGCAAGGAGUUUGACGACUGAGCAGCUGACAGAAGAUCUGGAGAAGGAAGAGAAGGAGAAUGCAGCACUGCAGGACUGUACUGACAGCCUGCUUCAGCGCAUCGCAGACGUGUACCCUGACAUCCUGGAGCAGGUCAUCAAGACUCUGGAGGAAGAGUGUUAAAGAAAGGCAUGGAGCAAUUCCGCACAUUCUCCGUAGUAGCAUCUGGCAUGCCUUAAUGGGAACGUGUGGGGAGGCACACUUGGUCCCUUGCUUUGCCACGUGUUAACUCACCUGUGUCAUCCGACUUUCAGAACAAAUCUGCAAAAACUAUGCACACCUUGUAUUGCCAACUCUUUCAUAAUUCUGGUGUCAUACAUGCAUAGUGUUGCAUCUAUGUUUAGAUUGCGCUCCCCCCCCCCCCGGUGUAAUGUUAAUAGAGCCAUAUGUCAUUCCAUGUGUCAUUUCCUAAGAACACACGCUAAAGAAGUGUCUCCUCAUACCGUUUAAGCUCCGGCUAGAAGGUUUCUUCUUCAGCUUCAAUCUGGACGAAUCCUCCAUAGUGUUGCUGCAGCUUUGUCGGGGGAAGAAAAGGGUUGAAAACAUAAUAUUUUAAAAGCCAUGGUUUAACCCUGUCAUCAGGAAGCAUUGUUAUCUAUGCAGAACCCUUUGUGCAUUCAUAAUAAAGUGCUGAUGAAACAGUUAGCAUUUAUUUAUGCUAUUCUAAGCACAGAUGUCAAUGGUUUACAAGUGUUUCAAUGAAGUGUUUUAUAUGGAACAAAGAAAAGGAUGAUCCCCCAAGCCACAGUUGUCUUCCUAUUUCCUGUUGACAGCUUGUCUUAUACUCCUGCAUCAGCGCUGGUCAAGAUGGAAAUGAUCUCUUCAAGUUUCUGAAUGCCAUACUGAGAGAACGACGAGCGAUAUUUAACAAUCUUUAGAGACAGUUGACUAAAAUUAUCCCUCUGAACAAAGUGGCAUGUGCCUCAGAAAUCUAUAUUUGGUCAAAAAUGUACAACAACAAAAGAAAUGUAAUGUAAUAAAUCUUUUGUAAAAAAUAAAAAUAAAAAAUAUGCCUGCAAAAACUCCAUAAAAGCAGUCUAAAUUUGGUAAGUGGUUGAUACAUUUACCAUAUGUCAGAAAUAAAAUCCCACAGAGUACCAUCUCUGAAGUUUAUAAAUGAACUGUAAAGCUAAUGGCUAAGACUUUACCACAUCCUGGAAGUAAAGGAAUCCUGCAGCUUCAUACAGAUACUGUACUGCUAUGGUCUGGCAAACACGUGCAACGUCUUGUAAUCGUGUUUCUAAAUCAUCUUUGCACCCCACUAAAUAAGGACUGAGAGUGGGAGUGUGGAAGAAAUCAUUUUUAAAACAAAAAGGGAGGCGGGAGGCAGAGGGUGAGGGGAAUUAAAUUGAUCUAACUGUGGGUGGGCUAUUUUUUUUUAUUCUGUGGUGUGGUGGUAAAAAUAAAUACAUACAUACAAAAUUUAAAAUAGACUUCCUGAACAUUCUUGACUUUGAGAAGCGCCAUUUUGUUUACAAGGGUGGUGGUGGUGGUGGUGGUGUCGGUGUCGGUGGUUGUGAUGUAAAUAUUAGUGCUGUCAGUGUCUGAGCCAGUCAUAUUGGACAAAAGAAAACUGUUCCCACGUAUGUUGUAUAAGUGCUUCUCUGUGACCAUGUCGUUCAAGGCGAGGUGGUCUUCAGCUCCACCUGACUGGCUGUCGAAAGCAAAGCAGGACCACGGUAUAACUUCUGUUAAACAUCAAAGUUGUAUGGAGAUUAUUUAGCACAGCUGACAAAAAUUGCACUCGUGAACAAGGACAGUGAGAAACAGAUUUAUUACAAACUUCUUUGGUGUCACAGUACAGGUGACAGUCUGGGUCCACUCCACUGUGUCAGCUCUUUAUUGAUAGAGUUACCAUGUCACUCCAUGUACACAAGGACUGUUCAGGCUUUUCCACUCACACCCCAAUGCAUUCUGGUAAGUGUAGUCCUGCUGUGAAAGGCACCUGACAGGUCAAAUGUACCAGAAUCCAUUGUGAUAUGAGUUGAAAAGUCUGUCCCAAACUGGCCUAGAGUCCACAGAGUCAUAUGGUAACCCUACUUGUAGAGAAAGCGAAAGUAGCUCUAAAUCAUUUUCAUUGUUUUGUUUUUUGGUUUUUUUUUACUGUACCUUUACAAUUUGAAUGAUGUCGGCAACCAUUCUGCAUGGUUCUUAUUGCAAUGGCUCUUAUACUUUUUUGAUAAUCUGUGUUUAAGGUGCUUUGAGCUGCUCUUCGGUUUUAUUAAUUGCAAUGAGAACCACACAGUGUGCUUGCUAACAUAGAAAGAUAACUAAAACAAGAUUACGUAAGAAAAAGAAAAACUCUGAAAAUGCCAUUUGAAGUUUUUAUUUAAUUCUUUAACGUCACCAUUUAAUACUUGAAGUAGGGAUUCCCUACCAUCUGAAUCUAUUGUAUAGUAGAAAAAUGUAACGUAGACAGCAGUGUGCAGGUGUUAGUUUCAUUUUAUGUAAUGUGCCAAUUUUGGAGCAGUUGUUACGUUGGGUAAGUCAUCUUUUCUCAACACUAAGUGACACCAUUUGAUCGUUGUAAAUUGUGAUUUGGGGUUCAAAAUGAGAACCCUUCGGAGAUUGCUUGUCCUACUAAAUGGAAUUUUUUAAAAACAGCUAUUCUGAGUGUGUUUUAUUGUAUGGAUUUCAGAACAUUUCCUUGUGGUAUUCUAAAAUAUUAAACACUGUGACGAAUUGAAAGACUUAAUGUUGGUCCACCACAAGUACUGUGCUCCCCCUUUAUACUGCGGAACAGGUUAUAAGGCGGUACGGUCAUGGCUCCCAUUUGACCCCUAAUGCCAUUACACUAACACUAGUAUUCUCGUUAUAAGGCGGAACACAAACAGCACGGUCUCUUAACUAUGGAUGCCGACUACAGCGUUAUAAAGGGAGAGCACUGUAUUUUAUUUUAUUGAAACAAUUCUUCUGUUUUUUUAUUUUUUUCUUUUCCGUAUUUUAAACCGAUUUAAUAAUAUUUGGUUUGGAAUUCUGCCACUUAUUCUGUCUAUAAUUUGAUUGUACAGUAAUGAUUUUUUUGUAUUUAAUAAGAUAUGUGUAUCCGGUGUGCACGUCUCUGCUAAUUGACUUUCAUCUGAAAGUGGGGUCAUUUUCCUUUAUAAACAGUGUUUAUUGAACAGACCUCAAACAUGUUGACUUGAGGUACAUCAGCAUUGUAAUGUGUAGAGUGGUGUUUGAAUGUGAUAUGCUGCAACCAUGGGUCAGUAUUUCUUGGUGUAUCUUUAGACCCUCAGUUGAUAGUGCUUCUUGUAAAAAAAUAAAAUAAAUAAAGAUCUUCAAAUGUGUGGCAUGUUUUGGGUUGUGUUAUUGAAUCUAUGGUAAGGAAUGUGAUAUGGUACUAAGAAGCCACAACAAUUGGGCAUGUAAUAGCCAGUUACUGUAACACUAUGUCUAGUAGAUGUGUGAAAUGAAAGGUAUCUAGAACUCCAGACAUUGUUACUGUAUGUAUCAGAAUAGUUAGUGUUGGUCAGCUUGUUUAUAUUCAUUCAAUAAAGGUGACUUUCUUUCUGAA